UAUGCUGCAAAAGAAGGACUCUGAUAAGGAAAACACUUCAUAUAAUAACAAAGAUUCAUAAAAACAAAGGGUGAUUGGAGAUUACUUAUUAGGUUUGAAGUUUUUACUAUUAGAGUUAAAACUCUUGGAGUAGGUACUUUUGGUUUAGUGAAACUGGGAGUCCAUUAAAUUACAGGAGAGAAAGUGGCCAUUAAAAUAUUAGAGAAGGAGCGUAUUGUGGAAGUUGCAGAUGUAGAAAGAGUCUCAAGGGAGAUACAUAUUUUAAAAUUGAUUCGUCAUAGACAUGUUAUCUAACUAUAUGAAGUAAAUUUAAACCUAACAAUAUGAUAGAUCAUAGAAACUAAGAAGCAUAUAUUUUUAGUAAUGGAAUUUUGUGAUAAUGGUGAACUUUUUGACUACAUUGUUAAAAAUGAAAAGUAAUACUCUAGAAUUUAAUUAAUUAGACUUGAAGAAGUUGAAGCUUGUCGGAUAUUCUAAGAACUGAUCUCUGGUAUUGAAUAUAUUCAUAAACUAAACAUCGUACAUAGAGAUUUAAAACCAGAAAAUCUUUUAUUGGAUCAUUCAAACUAAAUUAAAAUUGUUGAUUUUGGACUUUCCAAUACUUAUAAAGAAGGUGAAUUACUUAAAACAGCAUGUGGAAGUCCUUGUUAUGCUGCACCUGAAAUGAUUGCUGGCCAUAGAUAUUAAAGUAUCUUAGUUGAUAUUUGGUCAUGUGGUGUUAUUUUGUUUGCCACUAUUUGUGGUCAAUUACCAUUCGAAGAUAAACAUACAAGUGAAUUAUAUAAGAAGAUACUUAAUGGAUAGUAUACAAUACCAUCACAUGUCUCAUAAGAUGGUUAAUCCUUUAUUAAAGGAUUAUUGAAUACUGAUCCUAAAAAGAGAUUUGAUAUUGACUAAAUUAAAUCUCAUCCAUGGUUUAAGUUGUAUAAGAGAGUUCAUUCAAUUCCUUAAGGAAUAAUUAUUGGAUAUAGUCGAAUUCCAAUUGAUGAAGACAUUGUGGAAUAACUUGCUCAAAAAGGAUAUAGUGCUGAUUAUAUUAAGAAAUGUCUUGAUGCUAAUAAACACAAUAAUCUAACUACAGCAUAUUUUCUCCUUCUAAAAAAACAUUUAAUUAAAGGAGGACAAUCAACAGCAGAUAUUAAUUCAUAAAAUUUCAAUGAAAAACUUUUAGAACCAGCUACUAGACCUUCAAAACGUAUGUCUCUAUUCUAAUUUAAUAGCUCCUAUAAGUAAUUUAUUAGAUAGUUAAUUAAUGAAAACACUCAAACACAAUAGAUCUGGAUCUUGCUAAAAUAAUUAAAAAUCCCAUACAUAAGGAAGAGGAAUGUCUGUUCCUUAGGUUGAAGAUAUUAGAUCUAUUUAUAAUGGAUCUAAAAAUUAUCAGAAUUCCUCAUUAUCAAUUGAAGUAAUCUUUUUAAUCUAAUUUCAAAUAGGAUCAGUCUUUUUUAUUUGAAAGAAAUAAAUCUUAAUCUUUCCAAUAGAACAAUCAUAAGAAAAUUCCUACUGAUAUACAAAUCAAUGAUGCUUUGAAUAAAACAACUUACAUUAAUACAAGUAAGAGGUCUUCUAAUGCUUCGACUGUAUCUCCUGGACAUCAAAAUAAAUUGCUUUAAUAUUUGAGUAAAAAAUAUAAUAAUAAUAAAUUAGAAUCAUCAACAAAGAAUACUACUCCAACUGCAGUAAGAGGAAAUUCUUAAUCAAAAAUGCCAUACAAUAGCAAAACUACUAAGAAUCAAAAAGUUUCUUAUACAAUUUUCGAUAAUAACAAUAAUUCUUUAUUGGAAAAAAAGAAAGAAAAUAAGCCAAUAAAUUUAACAGACACCACAAACAUUGAUAAUAAGAAAAGAUCUUUGCAUAUAGAAGGGGUAAUUAUUUGUAUUUAAAUUAACUUAGGAUCUCUCUAUGCCUGCAAGUACUAAACCAUAAUCAAUGCCAUAUCAAUUAUGGCUAAAGAUGAACAGUAGAAAAGGAUCGAGAGAUUAUAGCAGUGGGGGAUCAAAGACAAAAAAAUCAAGUGUAAGUGGUAAAACUAAUGUGAAUCAGAGCUUCAACUUUGAUAAGAGAGCAUGA